GCCGCGUGCACGUUGGCCGGCCGCACGUGCGAGUCGCUGGCCUUCCUGCUGCGCUGUGCCGACAUGGGCCGGCUGCUGCUGGCGCUGCAGCACCUGGAGACAACCACGCGGCUGUCGGCCGCCUGCAGCCGGCUAGUGGCGCAGGAGCACGCCGUGCCGGUGCUGUACACGCUGAUUCGGCAGUGUAACCGCUCCGUGCCGCACAUCACGGCCGUGGAGCUCUGUCUGAGCGUGCUGCUCAACCUGGCCCGGCACCCGGACACGGCCGACGCCGUCCACCAGGUGGACAACUGGCUGAUGACGCUGCUCGACAAGAUGGCCGUCUUCCGCGAGAAGGGGCCGGGCAUUGUGACGCGCGCCGGCUCGCUGCUGGUCUCCAUCGUCCAGAGCCCGUCGCUGGCGCAGAUGGUGCGGGACGAUGCCAAAGCCGUGCAGCAGCUCCGCUCCCUGCGCGCGCUGAUGGUGCGGAGGCAGCAGCCGCAGCAGCGUUCUACAGGAUUUGAGGACAUCGCGAAGGUGCUGGUGGAGCUGCAGAUGCUCGUAGUGCUGGAGGUGUUGGUAGUGAUGGAGGUGCUGGUGGUGCUGGAUAUUCUGAUCAUACUGGAGGUGUUGGUAGUGAUGGAGGUGCUGGUAGUAGUGGAAACGUUGAUGGUGCUAGAUGACAUGGAGGCUCUGGAGGUGCUAGUGAUGCAGGAGGUACUGAUGGCGCUGGUGGUGGUGCUGGUUGUGUGA